GGUGCUUCUGACUCUCGGGAGAGACACUGGGCAGCUGCUCUGACUGGCUUUGCCUCUGGACUUGCAGUGAGAGACCUCCCUGCAGACACUGAGUGACCAUCCUCAGCACUUGGAUUCCUACAGCCCCCUGGACCGGAUCCCCACAGUCUUCCACGGCCGAGACCCCCGCAGACGCUGAGCGAUGGCUUCCAUGGGGCUGCAGGUCAUGGGCAUCGCCCUGGCCGUGCUGGGCUGGCUUGGUGCCAUACUGAGCUGCGCGCUGCCCAUGUGGCGCGUCACGGCCUUCAUCGGCAGCAACAUCGUCACAUCGCAGACCAUCUGGGAGGGCCUGUGGAUGAACUGCGUGGUGCAGAGCACGGGCCAGAUGCAGUGCAAGGUGUAUGACUCGCUGCUGGCGCUGCCGCAGGACCUGCAGGCGGCCCGCGCCCUUAUGGUCAUCUGCAUUAUCCUGGCCGUGGUGGGUGUGCUGCUGUCUGUGGUGGGCGGCAAGUGCACCAACUGCGUGGAGGACGAGAGCUCCAAGGCCAAGAUCAUGAUUGUGGCGGGCGUGGUGUUCCUGCUGGCCGGCCUGCUGUCGAUAGUGCCUGUGUCCUGGACGGCCCACAAUGUCAUCCGUGACUUCUACGACCCACUGGUGGCCUCCGGCCAGAAGCGGGAGAUGGGCGCCUCACUCUACAUCGGCUGGGCCGCCUCAGGCCUGCUGCUGCUCGGCGGAGCCCUGCUCUGCUGCAACUGCCCCCCCAGCACCGACAAGCCCUACUCGGCCAAGUACUCGGCUGCCCGCUCCGCCCCAGCCAGCAACUAUGUGUAAGGUGUCCAGCUCGACACUUCCGCUCGGCUUUGUUUCUCCCUGGACUGAGCCCAGGGCAGCCUGAGACCCCGGGAUGGCCCUGCCAUGGGCUGCAGGCUGUCGGGGGCUGGGCGAGCAGGGACUGAGCCAGGCCACUGGCCGGCAGCUCUCAGCCCCUUCUGGCCCUCUUGGACACCUGCCCACGGCCUCCUCCACACUAGCGAGGAUGAAUGGAGAGACUCCUGUGCCACCCACCUCUGAAUGGUCUGUGGA